ACUUCGGAGGCAGACGCGGAAGUGCGGGGAGGCCCGGGGCUGAGGUCGGUUGCCGGACUUCUGGCCCGGCCGUCCGCCUUCGGAACGUUCUGGAAGGAUAGAUUCCUAAGAGCCGGAUCCCGGCAGCCCAGACGAGACGAAGCCGGCGCUCUUCGGCCUAGGAGCCGAUGCCGGCCGCGCCCUGGAGGCCCCGUAGCGGGGCCGGACCAUGAGCCUGCUGGGCGGCCCGGCCUCCUCGCCGCGGGGCCCGCUGCAGUCCGGCAAGGCCAGGAUGAAAAAGCUCCCGAAGAAGAGCCAGAACGAGAAGUACCGGCUCAAGUACCUGCGGCUGCGCAAAGCGGCCAAAGCCACCGUGUUUGAAAAUGCUGCUAUUUGUGAUGAAAUUGCUCGUCUGGAGGAAAAAUUUCUUAAAGCAAAAGAAGAAAGACGGUAUUUGCUAAAGAAGCUCCUCCAGCUUCAGGCCCUAACAGAAGGGGAGGUACAGACUGCAGCUCCUGCCCACAGCUCUAGUUUGCCCUUGACUUAUGGUGUGGCCAGCUCUGUGGGAGCUAUCCAGGGAGCUGGGUCCAUUUCUGGGCCCAGCACUGGGGCUGAGGAACCAUUUGGGAAGAAAUCCAAGAAGGAGAAAAAAGAAAAAGGCAAAGAGAACAACAAACUGGAAGUUCUGAAGAAAACAUCCAAGAAAAAGAAAAUGGAGGGAGGUGCUCGCAAGCUGGUUCAGCCCAUUGCCCUGGAUCCCUCAGGACGGCCUGUGUUCCCCAUCGGACUGGGGGGUCUAACAGUAUAUAGCCUGGGGGAGAUCAUCACCGACCGACCUGGCUUCCAUGAUGAGCGCGCCAUCUACCCCGUGGGCUACUGCAGUACUCGAAUAUAUGCCAGUGUCAAGUGCCCAGACCGGAAGUGUCUGUAUACCUGCCAGAUCAAGGAUGGUGGCAUGCAGCCUCAGUUUGAAAUUGUUCCUGAAGAUGACCCCCAGAACGCCAUUGUCACCUCUUCUGCAGACGCCUGUCACGCAGAACUGCUCAAGACCAUAAGUGCUGCUAUGGGGAAACUAAUGCCCAACCUGCUUCCAUCUGGAGCUGACUUUUUUGGGUUUUCUCAUCCAACUAUUCACAACCUGAUCCAGAGUUGUCCAGGAGCUCGAAAAUGCGUCAAUUACCAGUGGGUGAAAUUUGAUGUAUGGAAACCCGGAGACGGGCAGCCGCCCCAAGGACUGCCAGAGAAUGAUGCAACUGUAAGCUUCGAAGCCUUUCAGAGACAGGCCUUUGGUGAAGAUCAUAGUGAUCCCAUUCUGCAAGGAUCCUUGGACCUUCCAGAGCUUCAGCCCACACCCUUCGUGUCUUCUUACGAACCUGUGUUCCUGACACACGAACCCCUGGUGGACACUCACCUGCAGCACCUGAAGUCUCUGUCACAGUGUAGCCCGACUCCGUCUUCAGAUUGAGCAGGAGGGGGUUGCAUAGCAUGUCAUUUAAAGUAAAACUCCAGGUAUGGAAGAAGACAGCACUUCAGGAGCGAAGGAGAUACCAACACAUUUUGUCACGGAGGCUCCUGUGGUGACAGUGUUCCCUGGGAAAAACUUCAGCUGCUUUAUUUUUAGCAAUAAAUUUCUCUUUACAAAUCUGCUUAUUUUCAUCUUGUUGUAAUCAGGAUUUUUUUUUCCUUUUUUUUUUUUU